GAAUGGGUAAGAUAGCGAUAAGGAAGAACAAAAAUUAAUCACUAGAGCAUAAAUAUAGCAAAAUGAUAGUUAAAGAAGUGAUUAAUGAUGAAGAUAUAAGUUUAUCACUUAAAAGAAGAACAUGAAUGGUUAUUGUCUUAUUGAGUUAUAAUAUAUUCGACACUUGAUUAGAUUAUAUAUUUAGCCAAAAUAGUUAAAAGAAAUAAUCAUCAUAUGAAUAUAGUUGGUUUGAAAAUUAAGAAUGUAGUUGCGAGCUGCACAUGCAUGAUGAAGAACACUAUUAUUGAUGUCCUGGAGUUGAAUGGAGAUUGGAGACAUACAAAUACAGCAAUAAAGCAAAUGACCCAUCACAAUUUGCUGGGCCUAUCAUUCACUCAUAUUGAUAAGAUGCUAGCCCGCAUAAAUAAUGUUGUCCAGCACUCGUGAAUCAUGCCACCGACGCUACUGCUAAGGCGACAUUCAUUCAUUCCUUCUCUCACGCAUUCAAGCUUCACACUAUUGUUGCUCUGCUUUUGGAUAAUCUACUUCUCUCUGAGAAACAAAGAUUGUUUUCGCAUUCCUCAUCCGGUGUUCUGAGGGAAGGAUAAAGGAUUUGAAGAGCUAACUAGCUUCUUUCAUACCAGAUAAGAAAUGGAGAUUCUUGCUGCAAUUGCCGGAAAACUUGCCGAGUUCACAGUUGAACCAAUUGGACACCAAGUGGGUUAUCUAGCUCACUACAAAAGCAACCAUCAAAAGCUGCAGACCAAAUUGAAGGAAUUAAUUGCUGUCAGAGAUGGGGUUCAACAUAAGGUUGAUCAUGUUGAGAGAGAAGGUAAAAGAGUCGAGGCUACUGUUCUGAACUGGAAGGCAAGAGUGAAUGCAAUCAUCACAGAGGCAGAGGAAUUCCUGAAAGACGGCCGCCACGCGCAAACCGAGUGUCUUCAUGGUUUUUGUCCUCAUUUGGUGCUCCGUUAUCGACUAAGCAGGAAAUCAACAAAAUUGGCGGAGGAGAUUGAUGAACUUGAUCAAAAAAAGGAGUUCCCCAACUUUGCAUAUGAUGUUACUCCACAAGAGGUAUUUCUCGUAUCUACCGGGCAUUACAGUACAUUUGAUUCAAGGAAUUCAAUUGUGAUGAGAGUCAUGGAGGAACUGAGAAAUCCUAAUACAGAAAUGAUUCUGGUAUGGGGAAUCGGUGGAGUAGGGAAGACCACACUUGUGGAAGAAGUUCUUAGGAAAGCUGAGGAUAACAACUUAUUUGAUGAUGUGGUGAUGGUGAGAGAUGUUAAAGAGAACCCAGACCUUGAAAAAAUCCAAAAAGAAAUUGCCACAAAGUUAGGUAUGAGCAUCAACGAAAAUCAGACUCUAGCUGAAAGAGCCCCCUCUCUGUGUACUAGGAUAAAAGAAAAAAGGACUCUUGUAGUUUUGGAUGACGUUUGGGAAAAAAUUGAUCUGGUGGCCGUCGGACUUCCCCGCUUGGUUACUUGUAAAGUAGUGUUGACAAGUAGAAGCCGAAAGGAAUUGUCGUUGGAUAUGCGUACACAGAUUGAUAUUUCCCUUGAUGUUUUAAAUGAAGAGGAAGCAUGGAAUUUAUUUGAGAAGAUGGCUGGUGAUGUUGUCAAAGAUAGCCGAAUACGAAGCGUAGCAAUUGAAGUAGCCAAAAAAUGUGGAAGUUUGCCUGUCUUGAUUGUUACGGUUGCAAGAGCUCUGAAAGACACAAACAAUAUUCGUGCAUGGAGAGACACCUUGAGACGCCUUGGAGGCUUUGACAACAAAGAACUUACAGAAAAAGCAUACUUGGCUCUGGAGUGGAGUUACGAUCAAUUGGAAGAUAAAGAGCUUAAACCGUUGUUCUUGCUUUGUGGGAUUAUCGUAGUUAAGAACCAUAUUUAUUUGGCAGACUUGUUGAAAUAUGGUUUUGUUUUGGGUUUGAUAAAAAAUGUCUAUACAAUAGAAGAAGCACGAGAUGCAUUGGAUCCACUGGUUAAAAAGCUUAAAGAUUCUUGCUUGUUGCUGGACAGUGAUAUCAAUAUGCAUGUUAGAAUGCAUGAUCUCGUAUGCGAGGUUGCUGCGUGGAUUGCAUCCAGAAAACACCACGUCUUAUCAGUUGGGUGUGGUGGUGAAUUGAAAGAAUGGCCUGAGAAAGAUUUCUUUAAAAGGUGCGGUACGAUGUCCUUAAAAUCCAGCAAUAUUCCCAUGCUUUCUCAACUAUCUGGGGAAUGCCAGAAAAUAGAAAUGUUUUAUUUGUACAAUAAAGGUGUUGCAUCGGUGGAAAUCCCAGCCAACUUUUUUAGUGAAAUGGAGAAACUGAAAGUGUUGGGUUUAACUGAAGUGGAUAUGGUGUCACUACCCCCAUCUCUUCAGCUCUUGAAGAAUGUUCAGACGUUGUGUUUAGAAGACUGUGAGUUGGAAGAUGUAGCUCUAGUUGGAUAUCUAAGCAAAUUAGAGAUUCUUAGCUUUGCGCGGUCCAACAUUAGACAGCUACCCGAAGAAAUAGGGGAAUUGAUUCGAUUGAGAUGGUUGGAUUUGAGUGAUUGUGUCAAACUUAAAGUGAUUUCACCUGGUGUUAUUUCAAGGUUGGAAAGACUAGAAGACUUAUCACUGAGAAACGUCUUUCUCAAAUGGGAGGCUGAAAAGGCAGGAAGUAAUGCUAGUCUUUUAGAGCUGAAAGACUUAUCUCAACUAACUGCAUUGGAGAUAUAUAUUGAAGAUGCAAAUAUUAUUCCAUCAUACUUGUUCUCCAGUAGGUUGGUAAGAUACCAAAUAUAUAUUGGCGAUGUUUGGAAGAGAUAUGGUUGGGAGAAGACGUCGACUAUGGCUGAAACGACCCUCAACACGCUAAAACUGAAGCUCGCUCCCAACGAUGAAUUGGACCACGGUAUCAAAACAUUGUUGAAGAGAUCUGAAGAUUUGUCUUUGGAUGGAACAGAGAGUGUUAAAAGUAUUCUCCAUCAAUUAGAUGUUGAAGAUUUUCAGCAACUGAUACACCUCCGUCUCCAAAACAAUGUUGAUUUCACCUAUAUCAUUAAUAGGAAGGUUGUGUUCCCCAACUUAACAACCUUGAGCAUAUGUAGCUGUGACCAUCUAAGUUUCUUGUUCUCAUUUUCUAUGGCUAAAAAUUUGGUGGAGCUCAAACAUCUUGAAGUAUCCAGUUGUGAAAUAAUGGAAGAGAUAGUAUCAGUAAGAGAUCAAUCCAACGGAGAAAAUAUCGAUAUCAUGUUUUGUAAGUUGGAAAGUCUAAUACUGGAUAAACUCCCAAACAUCACUAGAUUCUGUACUGAAUUUUCUCCCGUGACGAAAUUUGAUACGGAACUGGGGGCAUCCAUCUUUGAUCCUACGAGUAGUAAAAAACUUGAUGUCGAGAAUGGGACUGCUGUACGAGCAUGUCUUUUUGACGCACAGGUAAAAUUUCCGAGCUUGGAGAGACUGGAAAUCGAUGGGCUAGGGAAGUUGCACACGCUAUGGAACAAUAAAUUUGCUGAUCAAGACUCUUUUUGCCAACUCAAAAAAGUUAAAGUUUCAUAUUGCAAUAGUCUGAAAAAGAUCUUUCUAGCCUCAGUAGCCAGGCGUCUCCAAAAGCUACAUUCACUGGAUGUGCAAAAUUGUGAUGAAGUGGAGGAAAUCAUUGCUGGUGAACAAGGACUAGAAACAGAGCCUCCUCAUUUCGUGUUCCCAAAAGUAACACAUGUGAGAUUUUUCAAUCUGCCCAAACUGAGUAGAUUCUAUCCUGGGAUUAUUGCUUCCAAGUGGCCGUUACUCAAACAACUGACCAUUCAUGGAUGUGGAAAAGUGAAGAUGUUUGCCGCAGAACUUCCAAUUUCUUCAGAAAGACAUGAACCGAACCCUCUAAUUGAACAAUCACUCUUUCUAAUUGACAAGGAUUCAUUCCCCAAUUUAGAAGACUUGGAGCUUCAAGUUGCGGGUGAGAUUUGGUACGGUCCAUCAUCAUCCCCAGCACACUUCUUUCCCAAAUUAAAAACUAUUUGCUUUUACAAGUGGGCAGCGUUCUCCAAGCAAGCCGCAAUACAUUUCCUUGAGAAAUUACCGAAUCUUGAGGAGAUAACAGUGGGCUGGGAUGAUGUUUCCACGGAAAUAUUUGUGAAUGAAGAAAUUAAUGGCGGUGAGGUGAUACAUGCAGUAAAAACUUUGAGGGUCCGUUUCAUGUACAAUCUCUUGCAAUUAGGGAAUGGGAACUCUCAAACAGCGGGCCCACUUUUCCCAAACUUGGUCACUCUUGAGGUGGUUGGUUGUGACAUGUUAAAGAGUGUAGAGUCGUCCGCAGCAAUAUCCUUCCGCAAUCUAACAACUCUGAGGGUAGUGUGUUGUGAUGGAUUGGAAUACUUGACAAGUUAUUCCGUAGCUAAGAGCUUAAUGCAACUGACAACACUGCAUGUGAGCUUCUGUAAAAGCCUGAGAGCAAUUAUAGGGGCAAGCAACGAAGAUGAUCAUGAUACAGGAGCAACUUGUGAGAUUGCUUUCACCCGGUUGCAACAUUUGACACUUCAUAUGCUACCAAGCCUGCAAGGCUUUUGCUCGGGAAAUUGCAUUGUCAAACUCCCAUCCUCAACAGAGUUACAUGUCAGUAACUGCCCGAUUGAGUUGAAGAUUUCUUCUGAAGGGGUCCUGCUCAGUAAUCCAAAACCAGAAAGAGUAGAAAUAGCAAAACCAGAAAUAGCGGAGGAGGUAGAUGAUAAUGGUGACGGAGAAAAAGAAAAAGAUGAGGAUGUUGGCACGAGUCGCCAAGACAUUGAAGAUAGACAAGAAUAAAACCCAAACCCACACAAAAUUUCCACUCAGGCGAGUAGAAGAAGAACAAACAAGGAACUUGAAAUUCUUCACUGAUUAAUAAGACGGAUGAACGAGUUUCAAGAUCCCCAGGCUAGGGAUGCCAUUGAAGGUGCAUUUGAGAUGGCGUGGUUAAUAAUUAUCUCUUCUGUGAUUAUAAUAUGGAUAGCUUCUCCGUUCAAAAUUCUCCAUGGUUCAUACUCACCUUCCAAGGGUGCUUUCUUGAAUGAUUCUACUAACGGUGGGUGGUCUACACGAGCUUUGUACUUUACAGGGUGCUUUUUGACUAUUGGUUUAGUAUAAUGUGUUUAUGAUAUCAGGUGGCAGUGCCAAGAAGAGAAAUGUGUUGCUGGUUGUUUCCUACCCAGAUGAUGAGUCCAUAUAAGCAUAGCUUUACAAAUUGCUGUAUCAUGUUUCAAGUCCAUUUGGCUUUAGUUAUAGCUGACUUCAGCUGAGUUUUUAUUUAAUCAAGUCUAAUUUAUGUUGGGGCUCUUGAAUAUUGGAAUGGUAUGAAGGAGAAUUUCUCUUCCUCAUAUAAACUUCAUAUUGCCUCUUAUUCCCUUCGAUGUUGAUUGCUGCAUAUAUUGCCGAACUUGAUUGUUGUCCUUGUAAUUAACAACACUAAGUCACCUGAAUGGAAAAGAAGGUCUAAUGUGAUUCCCAGAAACCCUUUUUCUCCAGUACAAUUGUUGAGCUUUGAUGUUUUGAGGGAGAAAAUCUUUAUUGGUGGCAGAAUUGGUAAUUUGAUCCAUAGGAUUCUUUUAUAUCAUGUUAAAAUUCUUUAUCGCAUUUAUGCAGGUUCUUCACUCCAACAAUAAACUACCCUAAACAAUAAACUGCCUCACUUCGAGAGGGCGUUAUAUUCACAUCUUAUGCUUGUCAAAUUGUCGCUGCGAGAUUGAGUUUGAAGAUUUCUUCUAAAGGGGUCCAGCUCAGUAAUCCAAAAACAGGAAGUGAACAAAUAGCAGAGGAGGCAGAUGAUAAUGAUGAUGGAGAGAAA